AUGCGACCAAGUCUUCCCAGCGGCCAGAGUGGUAACUCCAAGUUCCCGAAGGAGAACGACCAAGGACGAGCAAGUCUGUUCUCAGACGACCGUAUGCCCUUUUUCCCCCUUUCCUCAGCACGACUAGUAACCAUUCCUAAACAGAACCUCCUAGGCGUACACAGCAACGGCCUAACCCACCUCGUCUUCAUGCCGCCCACCCGCAUCUCCACCGUGAUUGAGAUAGUCUACCCUCCCGGGUUCACGCAUGACUAUCAGUGGAUGACGCGGGCGUUGGGGUGUGGAAUGAUACGUAUUUUACGCAGGAUCCGGAGGUGA